GACACAAGGAGGAUGCUCUUUUAAAAAACUGUCUGUAUUUCAAACUAUCGCGGUUAUAAAUGCGUAGAUUUUUCUAAUCAGAGUGUGCCAAGAACAGCCUUCUCGGCGAAGGCUUCCAGGAAGUCAUAACACGUGUGUGAACCGCUAGCUAGCUACGUGGCUAAGUCACGUGCUGUUGUAUCUAGUUUACAUAAUUGUCUCAAGCUAUAGCGUUCGCUUUUUUUUCCAGACACAGUGUGCUGUUAAUAUGAGUGGCAGCAGGAUGAAACUGGAGCUGACUCGGGUGGUCCAGGGCAGAAGUCGGCUGGGUGUUCUGAAGGGGCUCGGUAAGACGGGACAGCACUCCCUGGAGGUCCCGGGGUGUCUGCUCUACACCCACCUUGGCACCGUGCCCCACCUCACCCAGGACACGCUGCACACGCUGAGCCCGCUGCCCUGUGUCACUCAGGUCAACCUGUCCAACAUAGCAGAGCACCGGGAUGUUCUGGAGGAGUUUAAAGACGGAUUCAGGAAGUUUGCAGGGCUUCAUGACACUGUGUUGUACUGCUCGCUUCACGACCCUGCAGCCCCUUGCCCGACUGGUUAUACAACCAACAAGACGGUGUCAGUGUGGGGCAGUGGUGGUCGGAUCGAGCUGACGGUGGCCAAGUUCAUGGCUCUUCAGAAGACCGUGCAGGCAGACUGGUACCAGAGCAUGGCGGAUGGAGAGACGUGGCAGAACACCACCUCUCGCAAACGAGUUAGAAAAUCUGUGGAUCGAACCCUGGCUCACUUGGACGAGUGUCUGCUGGUGCAUCAAAGCUCCCAGGAGCUGAAGGGAGUGGAGGUGUUCGGCGUGGUGGAAGGAGGGGAUAUUCUGGAAGAGAGGAUACGCUCAGCCAGGGAGACGGCCAAGCGGCCCGUGGCAGGAUUCUGCCUGGAUGGUCUGCAGACGGGCUCCGUGGAUCAGGCCCUGAGGAUUCAGCUAACGUCUGCGGUGAUCAAGGAGCUGCCUGAGUACAAACCCAGACUGAUGCAGGGUGUAGGACGACCCGACGAGGUGCUGGACUGCGUGGAUGCUGGCGUGGAUCUGUUUGAAGGUUUCUUCCCCUUCCAGGUGACGGAGCGAGGCUGCGCUCUAAGCUUCAACUUCGACAUCUCUCCAGACCCGGAGCGCGCAGUGCUGGACUUAAAUGAAGAGGACCCAGCAGGUGGCACGCAAGAGAACGGAGAUGUAAAUCUGGAGGAUCAAACACAGAUGACACAUUUUGAGAUCAACCUUAAAGACACGAGGUACCAGGACGACUUCAGGCCGCUGGUGAACGGGUGUGGCUGUUACUGUUGUAGGAACCACAAGAGGGCAUACCUGCACCACUUGCUGGUGACCAAUGAGCUGCUAGCUGGAGUCUUGCUUAUGAUCCACAACACAGCCCAUUACCACAGCUUCUUUGGUGCCCUAAGAGAAGCUCUGGCCAAUGACAAACUGGACCUCCUUACCCGACGGGUGCUUGGGGGGAGAAGCAAGCAGAAGGAAUAAUGAGGACGAAUCAGACAGAUGGGAGCGGGAUUGGUCCAACGGGAUCAGUGAAGUGUCAAUCAAAGCUCUAUCUUGCUCAGCACCUUGAGACUGAGUCACUGUUGUGUUGCUAAAAGUCAUGUCUCUGACGCACCUUUGAUCCAAGCGGGUGAAAAGAGAUCAGAGCAGAGAGACAAUCAUGACUCCUGGUUCCCCAUUAGGAAAACUGUGUUCAUGAAGCCUUUGUACUGAAGAGACCAGAUAGCUGGUGAUGGAGUAAGGGGUACGUUUAUGAAGAGGAAAGGAGCUGGAUAAAAGGUCAUAUUGAAUUUGCUUAUAGAGAGAAAUAAGGCAGGGUGAGGGACUAUGACUCCCUGAGUGCCUCAGGCCUGAUUGCUGGUCAGCAGUUGAAUGACACAGCAGCACGGAGCGGUGGACAAAGCAAAAAGUGUGACCAGUUAUUACAGGAAAUAAUAACCAAUAUAGAUCCUGCUUUUCUCCUGUUGUACAAUGAAAAAGUGCAUGUACAGUAACAUCUUUCAGGCUUAGUUUUACUGUCAUUUCAUCCUUUAUUGAUCUUUUCUUUCACACUAAUUUAUGUGCUUAAUCAAUAUUUUUAAUUUUUCAGUUGGAUACCUCUAAUAAAACGAGUCUUUCCCACACAA